CUCCCUCGUUAGAAAAAAAGCUCUUCUCACUCCCUUUCCUCUCUCUCUCUCUCUCUCUCUCUGCAAAAGCGUGACCGCUAAGUAACAAUGUCUCGCCGUGGUGGUGGCCGGAGAUCGUCAGAACCUCGCCCUGACCAGGGCUCCUCAACUCCGUCACCGUCUUUUCAGCGCGGUGGUGGUGGAGAUCGUGGUAGAGGCCGUGGCCGGAGAGGCGGCUUCACUCCUGCUCCGUCUCCAACACCUGUUCGUGCUCCCCCCCCUGCUGCAUCCGGCUACCUUUCUGCAACCGCAGGUCCGUCCACCUCAUCAACUCCCCAAGAAAUGGCAUCAUCUUCGAAUGCGCCACCGCCCUCGGCUUCGAGUUCGGCUUCGAUGGAGGAGCUGAGUCAAGAGAUCGCAAAAAAAUUGUCAUUUGGAAGUACUAGUGCGACGGGAGGGUCGGUGCCUGUGUCAUCAAAGGCCAUUGUGCCUCCGCCCCGGCCACAACUUGGAAGGAUAGGAAGGAAAUGUACGAUUAGAGCAAAUCAUUUUGUAGUUGAGGUUUCUGAUAGAGAUCUCUUUCACUACGAUGUGGCAAUAACUCCUGAAAUUACAUCGAAGAAAGUAAAUAGAGAUGUAAUAUCUCAGCUUGUUCGUUCUUAUCGUGAGUCCCACCUGGGCAAUAGGAUGCCAGCUUAUGAUGGCAGGAAAAGUCUAUACACUGCUGGGGCAUUGCCUUUUGAAGCAAAGGAAUUUGUCGUGAAGUUGGUUGAGAAGAAUGAUCCUGCUAGUUCAUCCAGUUCUGUCAAAAAGGAACGUCAAUUUAACGUGGCAAUCAAAUAUGCAUCCAAAGUUGAUAUGCAUCAUUUAAAGGAAUUCCUAAGUGGCAGACAAAAGGAUGUUCCACAGGAAACCAUACAAAUCCUUGACAUUGUUCUCAGAGCAUCACCAUCAGAAAAGUACGUUACUGUUGGGAGGUCAUUCUUCUCACUUGAUUUGGGCAAAAAAGGCGAGCUUGGUAAUGGAAUAGAAUACUGGAGAGGUUACUAUCAAAGUCUUCGGCCAACCCAAAUGGGACUCUCUUUAAAUAUUGAUGUGUCAGCCAGAUCCUUUUAUGAGCCAAUUUUGGUGACUGAGUUUGUGGCCAAGUACUUCAAUCUCAGAGACUUGUCAAGGCCUCUUUCUGAUCAGGAUCGUGUUAAGGUGAAAAGGGCCUUAAGAGGAAUCAAAGUGGAAAUUUCAUACAGGGACUAUGCCAGAAGCUUCAAGGUUACUGGCAUAUCUAAUCUACCAGUAGACAAGACAAUGUUUACUCUGGAUGAUAAGAAAACAAAGGUGUCUGUCCAUCAGUAUUUCUGGGACAGAUACAAUAUUGGGCUGAAAUAUACAUCUUUGCCUCCCCUUCAAGCCGGAACUGAUGCGAAACCCAUUUAUUUGCCCAUGGAGCUCUGUAAGAUUGCUGGAGGACAGCGAUACACAAAGAAACUAAAUGAAAGACAAGUCACUGCACUUUUAAGAGCUACCUGUCAACGCCCUUCUGCUAGGGAAAAUAGCAUUAAGGAGAUGGUUGCGCAUAACGAUUAUAGUAGGAAUGUGCUUGUAAGGAAUGAAUUUGGUAUUCAAGUGAAAGAAGAACUAACAUCGGUUGAUGCCCGAGUUUUACCCCCACCCAUGCUUAAAUAUCAUGAUACAGGGCGAGAAGCUAGAGUGGAUCCACACUUGGGACAAUGGAAUAUGAUUAACAAGAAAAUGGUGAAUGGUGGCAAAAUUGAUUUCUGGACGUGUGUGAACUUUUCUACGAGAGUGCAGAGAGACUUGCCAUUUGAAUUUUGUUGGCAAUUAAUGGAUAUGUGCAACAGCAAAGGAAUGGAAUUCCACCCAGAUCCCAUUAUUCAGAUACAUUCAGCUGAUUCCAGGCAUAUUGAGAAGGCUCUUCAUGAUGUUCAUAAGAAAUGUACUGCAAAACUUGCAAAUCAGAAGGGGAAACAGCUUCAACUGCUGAUCAUUAUUCUACCUGAUUUCAGUGGAUCCUAUGGGAAAAUCAAACGUAUUUGUGAAACUGAGUUGGGAAUAGUUUCACAAUGCUGCCAGCCCCAGCAGGCAAAGAAGCUCAGCAAACAAUACCUGGAAAAUGUUGCUCUCAAAAUUAAUGUGAAGGCUGGUGGACGGAACACUGUGUUAAAUGAUGCUAUUCAAAGAAGAAUUCCUAAUGUUACUGAUCUUCCUACUAUUAUUUUUGGUGCUGAUGUGACCCAUCCACAGCCAGGGGAAGACUCUAGCCCGUCGAUUGCAGCAGUAGUGGCUUCUAUGGACUGGCCAGAGGUAACCAAAUAUAGAGGACUUGUCUCUGCACAGGCUCAUCGCGAGGAAAUUAUUCAGGAUCUUUACAAAAAAUAUCAGGAUCCACAAAAGGGUUUAGUUCACAGCGGAAUGAUCAGGGAGCUGUUUAUUGCAUUCAGAAGAUCAACGGGCCAAAAACCUCAUAGAAUUAUAUUCUAUAGAGAUGGUGUAAGUGAAGGCCAAUUCAGCCAAGUUCUGCUACAUGAGAUGCAGGCGAUACGAGAGGCAUGUGGCACCCUGGAAGAAGGAUAUUGUCCUCCGGUUACCUUUGUUGUAGUGCAGAAACGGCAUCAUACACGCUUCUUUCCUGCUGACCAUAGCAAGCGAGAUCUGACUGACAGGAGUGGCAAUAUCCUACCAGGCACGGUCGUGGACACUAAAAUUUGCCACCCUACAGAGUUUGAUUUCUACCUUAACAGUCACGCUGGAAUUCAGGGAACUAGCAGACCUACACACUACCAUGUAUUGUUUGAUGAAAACAACUUCACUGCUGAUGGCUUACAAACCCUCACUAACAAUUUGUGCUACACGUAUGCAAGAUGCACUCGGUCUGUUUCCAUAGUGCCCCCUGCAUAUUACGCCCAUUUGGCAGCUUUUAGGGCUCGGUAUUACAUUGAGGGUGAAACAUCAGACAGUGGUUCUACUGGUGCGACUGGGAGGAGUGUGGAGGCCCGAUCUCUUCCAGUCGUCAAAGAAAAUGUCAAGGAUGUUAUGUUUUACUGUUGAUAUAGUUGGCCCUUCUUUUGUGUGGCCAUCUGAGAUUUUUUUGCAGAAUCCAACCAACCAACUUGUGUACAUCAAUCGGCACGCAUCGCAGUUGUGGAUGCGGAAAGAUCAGAAAGAAGAAGGCAUAUACAACACUUUUCUCCUUUUGUAGCACAUGGUGAUAUACAAGACAUGUCUUUUUCUGUAAAUAAUGCUUUUGAACCAGUAGGUUUAAAACGAACUUCCCUGUUUAAUGUCAUGCUGUUUAACUUGCGUCUGUUGAAAUUUUCUGAAAUUUUUUAAA